UUAAAAAACAAGGAAGUGCCACAGGCACCCUAACAGACAAGGAUAGAGCAAGUAGCGCAGUGGCUCCACUUGGACAACGAGAGUGAGAAAGGGCAGAGAAGAGAGUUCCUAGUAGCACAUCAACAGGCCCUGACGGCAUCCCAAUUAUGCUCAUAAAGAAAUUGGGUCUAAAGUCUAAGCAAACAUUAAGAAAGGCAGUGAGCAAAACAAUAAUGGAUGGUGAAGUCCCCGAUGGGUGGAAACUAAGCAGGAUGAGCAUGAUCUAUAAAGGAAAGGGGGAAAAAGCUGAUAUAAACAACUACCACCCUAUAACAGUGACAUCAGUGGUUUACAGGCUGGUGAUGCAAAUUAUAAAGGAAAGACUGCAGGCAUGGGUGGAGAAUGAGGGGGUGCUGGGGGAACUGCAAAACGGGUUCCAGAAACAAAGGAGGUUGGAGGACAAUCUGUUCUCAUUGACGCAGUGCAUUGGAAUUGCAGAAAAAGAACACAGACCCCUGUGGCUGGCAUUUCUGGAUAUCAAGGGAGCCUAUGAUAGUGUGAUUUAAGAGGACUUGUGGAAAAUACUGGACACACUAGAUGUGGAAGAUGGAAUAACUAAUCUCUUAAAGGAUAUUUAUAAUGGUAACAAGGUAGUUAUAAAAUGGGAAAAGCAGGUAUCCAAGCCUAUAGAGAUACAACGAGGGCUUAGACAGGGGCGUCCCCUGUCACCCUUGUUAUUUAUGCUGUACCUAAGAGGAUUAGAAGCCAAAUUAGAAGGGAGUGGACUUGGCUUCAGCCUCUCUUUUGUCAAGCAAGGAAAACACAUUGAACAGUCAUUACCAGCAUGGAUGUAUGCAGAUGAUAUAGUAUUAAUGGCAGACAAUAAGGAAGAUUUGCAGGGAUUCAUAGCCAUCUGCGGUAAUGAGGGAGAUAGGUUAAAUUUGAAGUUCAGUAAGGAAAAAUCGGCAGUCAUGAUUUUUAAUGAUAACCAAGACAGUAAGCAUAGGAUACAGGAGGUCGCACUGGAAAUAGUCGAUAAAUACAAAUAUCUUGGUGUAUGGAUAAGCAACGGGGCUGAGUAUCUAAGGGAACACGAAAGAUAUGUGGCGACUAAAGGUAACAGGAAUGCAGCUGUAGUGAAAAAUAGGGCACUGUGGAAUUGCAGUAGGUAUGAUGUUGUGAGAGGGAUCUGGAAAGGAGUCAUGGUUCCUGGUCUGACGUUCGGCAAUGCAGUCUUGUGUAUGAGAUCAGAGGUUCAAGCAAAAUUAGAAGUUAAGCAACGUGGCAUAGGUAGGCUGGCUUUGGGAGCACAUGGAAAUACACCAAAUCAGGGGGUACAAGGUGACAUGGGAUGGACAUCAUUUGAGAGCAGGGAGGCUAGCAGCAAGAUAAAAUUUGACGAGCGAUUGAGAGAAAUGGGGGAGGAGCGUUGGGCUAGGAAAGUUUUGAGCUACUUGUACAUGAGGAAUGUCGAUACAAAAUGGAGGAAGCGGACCAGAAAAUUGACAAGUAAAUACUUAGAAAACGGCAGGAGAUCGAACCAAAGGGAACUAUCGGUUAAGAAGAAGGUGAAAGAAACUGAGAGGGACCUGUGGAAAAUAGGGACGAGUAUGAAAUCAGCACUGGAGACCUACCGAACUUUCAAGCAGGAAAUUGCGAAGGAAAAGAUCUACAAUAAUUCUCGAGGUAGUUCUCUGCUGUUUGAGGCCAGGACGGGAGUAUUGCGGACCAAGACGUACCGAGCCAAAUACGAAGGAACAGACACGUUAUGUAGUGCGUGUGGAGAGGAGGAGGGAACGGCUGAACACUUGAUACUGGUCUGUAAAGAGCUUCACCCUACAGUUCAAGAAAAUGGCGCAGAAUUGCUCAAAGCAUUGGGGUUUAGGGACAGUUAA